UCCCGAACCUACCAAACCCUAUUUCGCCACUGCUUCCCUCGAUCGUAAUGGUUCUUCUUCCGGUUGGCAAGAGAUGAAACUGGAGCCUUUUGGUCCCAGAGACAACAACAACCACAAUGAUCGUAUUAAUGAUACCCCUGGAACUGUGCUUGUUCCUGAGAGUGAGAAGAGGAACAACAGAAACGGUGAACGACGCGGCGUUUCAGCUGGUGUUGCGGUUAUGGCUAGGACAGUGAUCCCUGUGACGAAGGGGCUUCUGUUGAAUAUGCGUUGGGGAGUGAACUUCCCGGAGGAUUGGGGGUUGAAGAUGCCGUAUUUGACAGUAAACAAGAUUGGGUUAGAGAGGGUUGUUGAGGAAGCUAAGCAAGAGAACGAAUAUAAGAAGAAGGGAAGGGAUUUGCAGAUGCUGAAGGGAAUGUGUUUGUGGAUGAAGAAGGACUUGGAGGAUGCAGAGAAGGAGAAUAGGGAGAUGAAGCAGCUGUUGGAUGAGAUCAGAGUUAGAAGCAAUGGUGGUGGUAACGGUGGGAGGAAGGUGUCGCAUUCGAGUGCAGGGUCUAGCGAGUUUGAACGUUGGAGAAGCAAGAAGAGUGUUAAAGAAGCUAACGAGAAGAAAGAACCGGCAUCACCAAAACAGAGUGUAGCGAGUGAUGUGGAAUCUGAAUUGCAGAAAGCCAUACAAGCAGCCGCCGCAGCUGCUACUUCCUCUUAGCAAGAAGGAGGUCAUUUACUCAUUUUUAUUCUGAAUUUGCAGUGCUUUCAAUGUACAUGAAUUCUGAGCUUCUGUUUCUUAUUGAUAAAAUGGUACUACUUCUAUAUGAACUCUGAAUUCUACAACAACUAUCUCUUUGGGUUGAUGGAAGGAGAGGUAUGGAGUGGAAUGAAAUACAUUACCAAAACUUGCAUUGUUUGGAUUUGAAAAUUUUGAGAUGGAACGGGAGAGGAAUUGAAUGGAAUAGUGAUCUUUGAUUUUCUUUUAUUCA